AUGAACACGCUGUCUCUGUUACAGAAGGUGCUUCUCAUAGCAUCUGUCAGGCAGAUCAUAUGCCACACUCUGUUGACUCUUUCGACAGUGGAGGAACUACCAGAAGGAAUUAAAAUAGGCAGCGUAGGGAGAGCCUACUCACCUCCAUUCCAGCUGCUUGGGAGUUCCUAUUUACGAGUUAACAAGGAAACCGGGGAUUUGUUCACAACCUUGUGGAGGAUUGACAGAGAGAUCUUGUGUCCAUUACAGGAGAGUGGGAACUGCACCAUCUUAGCUGAUGCCCUAGUGGGUCCUGAACAAGAACUGAUAAAGAUAACUAUUAUUGUGGAGGAUAUUAAUGACAAUGCUCCUUAUUUUGAAACAAGUGAAAUUCAUUUGAGAAUUCUAGAGGAUGCAUGUGUUGGGACAAGGGUGCUGUUGGAUGACAAGGCUCGGGACGAAGACAUAGGAAGCAACGCAGAGAUAAGGUAUCAUUUAGAAGGUGCUCAUGGAUUGUUCAGCGUGGCGCAGGACAGUUCUGCCAUUGAGCUGAUUGUUGAAAGGGAGCUGGACCGUGAAACUCAAAACGAGCACCACAUGGUUCUUGUUGCUGUAGACUGUAGCUCUACGCCGUUGAGUGCUAGGGUGUCUUUUGUUGUCACGGUGCUAGAUGUAGACGAUCAGUGCCCGCAGUUCAGCCCUGAUAACCCUCACACUGUUUCGGUGCCAGGUGGAGCAACCCGGGGAACAACAGUGGCCCAGGUUCAUGCCAUAGACCCAGACCUAGGCAGCAACAGUCAGAUCACUUACUCCUUCAGUUUCCAGAUCUCAGAUCGGGCCAAAGAACUUUUCCAUUUGGACAGAAACACAGGCAUGAUCAGUAUAGCUAUGGAUAUGAAGUUAGACAGUCUGGAGAAACAUGUUUUAAAAGUUGUUGUCAAUAGCCCACCUUGCCCUGUCGAACUAACUCAGGUAACUGUAUAUCUGCAGCCAGUGGUGAGCCUUGAGCCAACCAUCAAUAUCAAGUAUGUGGCACAGUAUAGAAACCAAACGAUUGUAUUACAGGAGAAUGAGCCUCCAACUCUCUUGGCUCUUUUGGAGCUGAGAGACAUCUCAAGUGUCCAAAGGGUUCUGUCUUUAGAGGAAGACAGCACAGAAUUCACUUUGAAAGCACAAGCAGGCAAUUAUCUACUCUCAACCUCAAAACCACUUGAUUUUGAGCUUUGUAGUGAAUAUCUUGUUACUGUUGUUAUACUUGAUGCCAGCAAACGUGUGCAUGCAAAGAAAGAGAUUAUUGUGGUAGUUGAAGAUAUGAAUGAUAAUGCUCCAGCGUUUGAAAAGACUUACUAUCAGGUAGAGGUAGAAGAGAACAAUAAGCCUGACACAUCUUUAGUACAAGUCAGCGCACAUGAUGCAGAUAGCCAGCUCUAUGGCAAAGUGUCAUACAGACUGAUCCAUAAUACGCCUACUAUUUUUAAUAUUCAUGAAGAAACAGGUGUAGUGUCUGUUUUAGACCCUUUAGACAGAGAGCAACAAGGAGAAUACAGUCUCACAGUGCUGGCCAGAGACAACGGCUCCCCUCCAUUAGAGGCCUUUUCAUCAGUGUCUAUAAAGGUCCUGGAUCAGAAUGACAACCAGCCAACCUUCGUCACACCACACUUCAUCUUUUUCAUCUCUGAAGGCAUUUCACUCUUAGCCCAGGUUGGAAAGAUUGGAAUUGUGGAUGCAGAUGAGGGGGAUAAUGGGAAAGUGGUGGAUGUCCAAGUACUAGACAAGCAUGCUCCCUUCAUCAUGGACCUGUCCCAGUCGGCACUUCGCUGUACAGGUGAGGUGGACCGGGAGAAGCAUGAGAAAUAUGACCUGCUCCUGCUGGCUGUAGAUGGUGGGAGGCCUCACCGCUCCUCCAUUGCAUCUGUAACUAUUUAUGUGGAGGAUGUAAAUGAUAACCAGCCCCAGGUUCUCCUGCCAAGCAGCAACCUCUCCUGCCUGACCAUAUCCCCUAACACCAGCGCUGGCAGCAUCGUCACCAAAAUUUACGCUAUUGACCGUGACUCAGGCAUGAAUUCAGAUAUUACUUAUAACAUUAUAGGCAGGGAGCCAAUCAAUCCCAGCCCAUUUCAGAUCGACCCACACUCAGGGAACAUCACACUGGUGCAGCAGCUUGCGGGCAGAGACCACGGUAUGCAUCACCUCUUAAUCAGAGUCAGUGAUAGAGGGAAGCCUAUACCUCUUCAAGCCACAGUGUGGGUUAAUUUACUGGUCAAUGAGAUCUCCAUGCAGUGCCAUCUGACAACUGUUCCACCAUAUAAUCCCCCAGCCUCAGAGCUCCCAUUGCUACCAAAAUCUUAUAAUCUGAUGGAGAGAUGUACAGAACUGCCUUGGCUCCUACUGUUCUCUGGUCUGGGUAUGAUGGUGUUCUCAGUAUGCAUGUUUCUGGCCACUUUCAUAAUUUGCAUUAAACAAAAACACUUGAUGCGGAAAAAAAAGUGUAAGCAAGAUCACACUAAUGAACUUGAACUGAAACAUUUAAAUUUAUAA